AUGACGACCCCUUUCUCAUGGUCCAACACUGCCCAAAUCACAUUGGGCUCAUGCAUGCCGUGCCUCCACCCCGUUUUUUCAUCGGAUAGUUUACAAAAUACUCCCAAUACCAAUCGACGGUCCAACUCGACAUCAGGAGAACCAGAAUCGUACAACCCCGCUGUCAACCGUAUCCCCCGCGCACGUCCUGACGAGCUCCAAGGUCUCCUGGUGGAUUCUUCCGAUAACGAACGUGCGGAGACCCUUUCUUUGCACUUGAACCCCGGGAGGGGGGGGAGACGAAAACGCAAGUCCAAGUCGACUGCGAAUGGGAGUGGGAAGCCUAGGAGGAUAACCUUGUUCGGGUUCGACUUCUUCGGACGACCACCACCCAUCCAACUCCCAGACGACGACGACGCUGAUGAUGCACCCUUAUUCUGUCCUCACCGCAGAAGUAGUGGUAGCACACCCACAACAACGCUAACCACCCAAACCUUCGACUCUGACGCCGCUCCGCUAGACAUAUCGACCAUCCAAUCCAUCUCCGUCUCCAAAGCCAGUGAAGCAGCCGAGGCGGAGCUAAAGCGUCUCAAGGAAAAAGAAGAGAGGAGGCAAAGGAGGAAAGCGAGGAAGGAGAUGAAGAGGCUCGUGGAGGCUGGUGUGGUUGGUGAUGGGGAGGAGUUUCAGGGGUUUCAGGGGAGUGGUGGUUUGGCGCUUUUGAAGCGGCCUAGUGGUGCUGGUGCUGGUGGGCUCUCAAUCCCAGCAAUCGAGAGAAGGUUUUGGACACUUCGUAUCCGCCCCUCCUCCAACAGCAGAGGAAGAUGA